AAGGAAAGAAUGGAAAAUAAAUCUACACCAAUCACCAGUUUUGUGCUCCUUGGAAUUGUUGAGGUGGAAGAGUUUAAAUAUGUGUAUGUGGCACUGUCUCUUAUCACCUAUUUGUUUACAUUACUUUUCAGUCUUAUGGUGAUCUUAGUUGUUUUGAGUGACAAAACUCUGCAUGAACCCAUGAACAUUCUUAUAUGUAACUUGGUCAUUAAUGGGGUUUAUGGGAGCACAGCAUUCUUCCCAAAGCUUAUAAUUGACCUCAUAUCUUCAGGUAAAAAAGUGUCACGUGUUGUGUGUUUAAUGCAAGUGUACUGUGUCCAAACCUUCCUCGCAUAUGAAAUAGCCAGUCUUACCAUGAUGGCUUAUGACAGAUAUGUGUCUAUAUGUCACCCUUUAGAAUAUAUCACUAUAAUGACAAACAAGAAGGCUCUAAAACUCAUCAUUGGAUCUUCAGCCUUUUGCUCCACAACUGUCUUGAUUGCUGUAGUUCUAACGGCAACUCUUCCUCUUUGUGAGAUGUACAUAAAGAAUAUUUUUUGUGAUAACAUGACUAUUGUUAGUUUAUCAUGCGUAGACACCUCUGUGAAUUAUCUUUAUGGAACAAUUAAUACAGCAAUCUACUUAAUUUUCACCAUUUCAGUCAUUGCCUAUUCUUACCUACGAAUAUUUGCUGUCUGCUUUCAGCUUUCCAAAGCCUCGUACCAGAAAGCUGUUCACACAAUGGUCACCCACUUACUCAGUUUUUUCAUUUUUCUUGUGGGAGGGUUUUUUGUUUUUCUUCGCUACAGACUAAAGAGUUCAGAAAUUCCUCGUUUUAUGCACACACUGCUCUCAGUAACUUGUCUAGUGCUCACUCCACUUUUUAAUCCUGUGAUAUAUGGACUAAGGACAAAAGCUUUAAGAUUGAGAAUAAUUCAUCAACUACAAACAAUAAACACAUGGAAGAAAAUAUAA